AUGGAAAAUGCGAACAUUUCAGCGCAGAUGUACAACGAUCUCGAUACGGAUAUAAAAAUAUGCAUAGAUGAUGCAAGAAGCACGCAGCUCUACCCCACGAGGUCUUGCCAGCCCCGCGGCUCUAUGUGCAUGGCGAUAGACUACAGUUGCAUCUUCACCCUCGGUUGUCCAAAAGAAUGCACUGCCUGCUCAUUAUGCCACACUUCUAAACUACAAGUAAUUGAAGUACUUGCCGGGAAAGUCAGAAAA